CCAAUUAGAUAAACCCAAAUGAUUUAGGCAAACGUAUGCCCCACAGUUAUCCUGUUUCCCUUUCUAAUUCCAUCAUAUACGCCACUAAUUCACACCAUAGCCAUUCCUCACAACUGUUUCAGCCAGCUCUGGAAGAUGGAAACUCUCUUCACGUCUGCAUGCCCCCUAAUCUUCAAGUCUCAGAGGACCGCUAAGAAGACAGUAGUUUCUUGCCACCAUAAAGUCCAGAAGCAAAGACCCAGUUUGGAACUUCACAGCGUUCGCCACACAGCACAGAGGCAAGAUAAGGGCACUCUACCUUUUAGUGGAGAAGAGCUUGGUAGAAGACAAAUGCUGAUGUUUCCAAUGGUAUUUGAGGUUUUUAUGCAAUCUCUGAAAGACAACACAGCUAAGGCUGCAGAUUUUGCUGACAUGGCAGCAUUACGGGGAAAAGACUAUGGGAAAACAAAAAUGCGAUACCCAGAUUACGUAGAGACAGAAUCGGGUCUACAAUACAAGGACUUAAGGAUAGGCAGUGGUCCAAUUCCAAAGAUAGGUGAUGCUGUUGUUGUUGAUUGGGAUGGCUAUACAAUUGGUUAUUAUGGCCGUAUUUUUGAGGCUAGAAACAAAUCUAAAGGCGGGUCAUUUGAGGGAAACGAUAAAGAUUAUUUCAAAUUUCAGCUCGGGUCAAAACAGGUCAUUCCAGCAUUUGAGGAGGCUGUAGCAAGUAUGAGUGUUGGUGGUGUCAGAAGAGUCAUUGUACCACCUGAGCUCGGUUAUCCUGAUUAUAACUACAACAAUGCAGGUCCAAAGCCAACUACAUUUUCGGGGCAAAGAGCUCUUGACUUUGUAUUGAAGAACCAAGGGCUUAUUGACAAGACUUUAAUGUUUGACAUAGAACUAGUAAAAGUGAUCCCGAGAUGAUUAGAUUGGGGUUUCUUUCUUGUUGAGAGAGGAAAUACACUUGCGCGUAAUCUGGUGAAUUGUUUGUUUGUUCACAACAUUAGUUUUGUCUAAUUCAAAAAGUCAAGUACACAAAAGACUUUGAUGUUUUGAGAAAUUAAGAAGCUUUUUUUCCUUCGAUGUGACUUAUAUACAAAACAAUGUGUCAAAUUUAAUUUGGCGUUUGACACAAGAUCCAACAUUACCGAUUGGGAGCUAUAAGUAAUUGUGAUUUGCCUGUUCAUUAUAGCAUUACUUUUAUUAUGUACUGGUGAUUUGCUUGUUCAUUUGUAGCAAUACUAUGUAAUGGUGAUUCGUUUGUUCAUUUUUCCAGAGCA